AUGGCGUCCAAGCGGAUCUUGAAGGAUCCCAAGGAUCUCCAGAAAGAUCCUCCUACCUCUUGCAGCGCUGGCCCAGUUGCAGAAGACAUGUUUCACUGGCAGGCGACAAUCAUGGGUCCUGCAGACAGUCCCUACGCAGGUGGAGUGUUUCUUGUCACCAUACACUUUCCUCCAGACUAUCCUUUUAAGCCACCAAAGGUUGCAUUCAGGACAAAGGUGUUUCACCCAAACAUUAAUCCGAAUCGAAGAGACUUCUAUGGACCAAGGUCCACCUGCACCAAGCCGUAA